AUGCCUAGACAAAGAAGAUCAUCCCCAACUCAAAGAACUCAGACUAGAUCAGCAUCUACUGCUGCUCAUUAUCCGUCGUCUCAUCCGGUACAAGCUUCUCAUCCUGCUCAGGGUCAAACUCGUCAAGGACCUGGUUUGUUUGGUCAAAUGGCAUCUACAGCUGCCGGAGUGGCGGUUGGAUCUACAAUAGGGCACACACUUGGAGCUGGUAUUAGUUCUAUAUUUGGAGGUAGCAGCUCUGCCCCAGCUGAGGUACAAGAUCAACAAUUAGCUUCAGCUCAACAGCAAAAUUACCAAGAAGAAGCUAGACACUGUGAUGCUGACGCAAAAAACUUUACCAGAUGCUUGGAUGACAAUGGAGGAAACAUGCAAAUUUGUGAAUACUACUUACAGCAGUUGAAGGCAUGUCAAGAGGCUUCUCGUCAAUACUAA